UAAUACUUUAUAUACAGUGUAUUGUGUUACUGUUUACUUGUACAGAAAUGGUAGAUCGGUGCACUACAGAUUAACCCUUCGUCUCACUCCAAUCAUUGGAUUACAGGAACACGAUGAGGACUCUGAAUAAUUUGUCCGAUCUGAAAGAGUCCAAGUUCGGUCAGCCUCCUCCCAGACACGGUCUGAUCUUGCUGUGGUGGUUUGUACAUGAAUGUGUUGAGAUUGAUUUCAACAGUCGUAUGGUUGCACUCUGCAACCCUAAAAAUGGUGCUUUUGGUUUCCACCGCUUCUAUAACCGGGAGAAUCUUCUUCCUUACUCUAAUCUCCCGUACUAUGAUGUGGGCAAUCUGCACAUCACCGACUCACUGCCUGAAUAUGUCACUGUGUAUUACACGGGAUAUUCAGACAACAGCAACAAAGAUCGCAUCAUUGUUUCAUUCAACUUAAGGUGGAACCGAUUUGACAGCAUUUAUGUGACACAGCACUCAGAUCUGGUGAAUUUUGACCAGAAUCACACUUAUUGUAUUAGUAUUGAACUCAUGAAGGACAUUAAAGGUUUGAGCCGAGAGGAAUUCCUCAAUGGACCCGCCCGCACAAAUCAACCCAAUCCUUCUCAGGAUGUGUCCAUAGACAUGCCUAGCGGAUAUAUUCCUUCUAUCUCAGCAAGAGUGUCACUAACACCUCAGCCAUACACACCUCAGCUACACACACCUCAGCCACACACACCUCAGCCAUACACACCUCGGCCAGUGCAGAGUGAAUCCUGUCUGAGUAAGAAAUGCCGGUGUGUGCUGAUUUGCGCCUUGAUUUUACUGUUGCUCAUUAUUGCUAUUGUCGUUUUAUGUGUUAAAUUUAUCCCUAAAUAGUUUUCGUCCAUUUCUGUUGUUAUUAGCUCGUUUUGAAGCUGUAUGUUGCAGUUGGUUUCCUUUUGGACAAUUGCUUAUUGGAAUGAAAUAAAGUAAAAACAUUUUCUUAUAUAGAAAUUAUUAUAUAGAAUAAAAUACAACGUUGAGCAUUGCAUGUUUAUCACUGUAUUGUUUUUAAAGGUUUAUUGCACUGAUGUAAAUAAAUAUCCAAGAUUUAGAAGGACCAAAAAUCAAUAUUAAUAUUAAUCUGAAUAUUGGGCGACACACACCAAUCAACGUCUUCUGUGUUUACGACCUGAUUUAUAGUAAUUUCGUUUCAUAAUUGUUGUGCUUAUUCUUUUACAUAAACAGAGAAUGUAUUAAAACUCCAAAAACUAUUGACUUGUGUUUGUGUGAUUUAGUUUUUUUGAAUCGUUGUUUUUCGAUAGAUUCGAUUUGUUCCUUAAAAUGAAUGCUAUUCCCAAGAAUAAUCGAUACUUUUUUCAAAAAGAAUUGAUACUUUUCCCAAAGUGAAUAGAUACUUCUUCCAAGAUGAAUCAAUACACUUCGUAAAAGAAUCGAUACUUUUCCCGAAUCGCCACUUUUUUCCAAAGUAAAUCGCUACUUUUUACAAAAAGAAUCUAUACUUUUUCCAAAGUGAAUUGCUACUUUUCCCAAAUUGAAUCGUCACUUUUCACAAAAUGAACUGGUACUUUUUCCAAAGUGAAUCGAUACUUUUUCCACGAUGAAUCGAUACUUUUUCCUAAAAGAAUCAAUACUUUUUUCAAAGUGAAUCACUGCUUUUCCCAAAUUGAAUCGAUACAUUUUCUAAAGUGAAUCAAUACUUUUUCCAAUUUUCCAAUUCCCUUUUUCCAAUUCCAAAAGGAGUCUAUACUUUUUCCAAAGUGAAUCAACACUUUUUACGAAGUGAAUUGCUACUUUUUACAAAGUGAACCGAUACUUUUCCCAAAAUGAAUCGAUACUUUUUCCAUAAUGAAUCGCUACUUUUUCAAAGAUGAAUCGCUACUUUUUUUUUUCAAAAGGAAUCGUACUUAACACAAAUUGAAUCGAUACUUUUCCCAAAAUGAAUCGAUAAUUUUUCCUAAAUUGAAUUGAAACGUUUCCAUAAAUUAAUCGAUACAUUUUGCAAGAUGAAUCGAUACUUUUCCAUAAAUCAAUCGAUACUUUUCCCAAGAUGAAUUGAUACUUUUCCCAAAUUGAAUCAAAACUUUUACAUAAAUGAAUCGAUACCUUUCCAAGAUGAAUCGAUACUUUUCCAUAAAUCAAUCAAUACUUUUUCCAACGUGAAUUGCUACUUUUUCCAAAGUGAAUCGAUACUUUUCACAAAUUGAAUCAAAACUUUUCCAUAAAUGAAUAGUUACUUUUCCAUAAAUGAAUCGAUACUUUUUCCAAGAUUAAUCAAUACUUUUUCUAAUAAGAAACAAAAUGUUUUAAACGAAUUUAAAAACAAUCGCUGGUGUUGUGUUUGUCAUCUCUGGUCAUCUCUGUAAUUAAAGAUAUUGUAUUCUGUCUGUUUACUUCAAUGUUUAUUGCCAAACUAAUUGCCUAAUUUCACUGCAUUAAAGGAA